GAUUUCUGAAGACAUUUCUGUUUCAAGAGGCCAACUGGUUUACUCUUCCAUGGAUCUCUCUGUCAGCACCGCUCUUCUCCUGACCAUCUCCUGCUACCUGGGGACUUCCACGGCCCGAAGUUACCAAUAUGUACUCAGACCAUAUGGGAGUGGUUGGGGUAGCUGGGGCUUAAGUGAGUUUUGCCCUGAAGGCUAUGCAAAUGGCUUCUCCCUGAAGGUAGAACCAGACCAAAGGAAUGGUGACAAUACAGCUCUGAAUGGAAUUCGUUUGUACUGUACCACAGGCAAAGCAAUUGAGUCUACAGUUGGACCGUGGGGAGACUGGACCCUAACCCAGUUCUGCAACUCAAGCUACCUGGUUUCGUUUUCUCUGAGAGUGCAACUCUUUCAAGGAGAGGGUGAUGAUACUGCAGCUAACAACAUCCAGUUCGCCUGCAGUGAUGGUCAAGGCAUGAUGGACCAUGGCAAGAUUUGGGGUGAUUUUGGCCCAUGGAGCCUUCGCUGCCCCUCGACUGGUAUAUGUGGGCUGCAAACAAAGGUAGAGGAUGUACAGAGGAACUGUGAUAACACAGCACUCAAUGAUGUGCGUUUUUACUGCUGUUAA